UAGUGAUACAUCUGUUUUUACUCGAAGCGUAUGAACUUUACUGUUGAUUUAAACCACCAGCAGUGAGCUAUUUACUGUAUGAAAGGUGUUUAUUGAGCGGAAUAUGCUUAUCAUUGUGUAUGUGUACUCACUUAUUUAACUAGAGUACCUAGAGUACCAAGAGGGCACGUUAACUUACAGUAAAGGGAAACACAAUGGAUUGCAAAGCUAUAGUGGAAAAACUCGGGUUGAUAAAGCACCCUGCUGAUGAUGGUGCACACUUCAAAGAACUUUGGAGAUCAACUCGAAAAAUUACAGUCGUAACCGAUCCCGAAAGUUAUGACGGUGAAAGGACUUCGGGGACAUCCAUAUACUUCUUGAUGCAAGAAAAGGCUCUUGUGACUUUCCACAUCCUGCCAUCUGAUGAACUAUUCUACUGGCACAGAGGCGGUAAUGUGAAGGUACAUCUUAUAAGUAAAGACGGUGUGUAUCGGAGUGAAAUUCUUGGAGACAUGAUGUCAUCCGACGAUGCUAACUAUCAAGUGAGAGUACCAAGGAAUCACUGGUAUGCUGUAGAGAUGGAGGACGCCACUCAGUCGUGUCUAUACAGUGCCGUUGUAGUGCCAGGUUGGGAGGCAAAAGAUUGGAAAGAAGGAAAGCGUGAUGACCUGAUUAGCAAAUUCCCCAAACAUAGAGAUCUCAUAGAAAGACUCACCACUGAAUAAUAAAUAAAUCUGAAGAAGGAAUAAGUUUGCAUUAAGUGUUCAUUGCAAUAAGUGUUCUCUCUCAGGGGUAAAUGCAGAGUAAAUUGCAUUUUUCAAGAAAUACUCAAUAUGGGCUGAGGCAGAUAUGGGUUUGUCCAGUUGGAACUACAAUAUAAGAGGACGGUCUAUUUAGUCUAAUUAUUGCAUAUACUUCAUCAAUGACUUCAGCACCAUAAUUAUUUGAAGGAGAGACACAUUCCUACAUCCAAUUAGAUCAUUCCUAAUACGAUUUUGAACUAAUGAUAUCCAUUUCCGAGGUGUAACGUAAAGGGGUAUUUUAAACAAGCGUUACUUGAUAUAAAUGUUUAGUUGUUCAGAAUUUACAUAAAUAUAUUGA